CUACCUUGCACAAAACAUAGACGCCUCUCUCUCUCUCUCGAUUGUUCUUAAGCAGAUGGCUGCCGACAGUGACACAAAGAAAUUCGUGUCGAGAAACACGCUGGUAGGUAAAAAGGAAGUAAACAGAGGGGCAUGGACGGCGGAAGAAGAUGAGAAGUUGUCUCGCUACAUCAAAGAACACGGAAAGACUAAAUGGACACUCGUCCCGGUUAAAGCAGGACUGAACCGGUGUGGAAGAAGUUGCAGACUGAGGUGGUUGAACUACUUGAGGCCCGAUAUCAAAAGGGGGAACUUCUCUGAUCAAGAAGAGGAUCUGAUCAUAAGGCUUCAUAAUCUCCUUGGGAACAGAUGGUCAUUGAUUGCGGGAAGGCUUCCCGGACGAACAGACAACGAGAUUAAAAACUACUGGAACACUCAUUUGAGUAAAAAACUGAAGCUAAAGCGGCAGCAGAAGCAUGACAAAGAAAUGCCAAAUAGGGAUUCACCACAUAAGCAUGUCUCCGUGGAAAGAGUUUCCAGCAGGAAGGGAAAGCGAUUAAAUGGAGGAGAAAACAUUCAACAAUAUCUUAGCGAACUCGAAGAUCUGGUGAUCAGUGAUCUCGAUCUCGAACAUUUCUUCAGUUUCCCAGAGGAAGAGCCCAUCUCCUCUUCUUCCAGUCUAUGUGACAACUUUCAGCACUUUGUCCUUGACAUGGUGAACACGCAAGGAUACAAUGGAGGCAUUGAAAGGCAUGGAAAUGAUUGUAAUUUUGGUUUAGAAUGGCUGAAGUAUAUGUACGAUUGUGAUGCGGAGUUGGGAUGCCCAGAUUUAUUUCAGUAGAGC